AGAAAAGGGAAUUAAUGGUCCUCUUUUUUAGUACUGUAGCAGUAGCAGUACAAGAAAGAGAUUCACAGGACGAGUAUUUAACACCAAUGUGCGUUCAUGCCAUUUGCAGACAGAAGGAUAACUCUCCCUCCUUAGAAAAAAUAUAACAGGCUGCAUGCCUAAGAUAGUGGAAAAAAUAGAAGUCCAGUCCAAGAUUAGAUUUGGUAGAGGGUUUUCUCCAUUAAAAACAGAAAGAGGAGAAUGAGAGGAAGAGCUUCUUAGAUCUUUUAUGCUUUUUCUUUCCACCAUGUGGGUUUAGUAUGUUUUUCGGCACAAGAAAUCCUUUUGUGGAUUGUUCUUUUGUCAGAGUACAUGGAUGAGAAAGGUCAUUUCGGUUUUAGGAAUUCGGAUUUCUCAGAGCAAUCCGUCGGUGUGAAUGUGCUGAAACCUGUCUCAGGUGUUCCGCUACCUGGUGGUACUGCUGAACACCAAGCUGCCUUCUUGAAGAUGGGAUCAUAUGCCAAUAGAAAUUCUAUGAUCCCUGAAGCUAACGCAGAAGCAUCUUCUAUGGACUAUGGACACUGGGUCCAUCAAAGAAACUUUUUACCUUCCGCAAAAGCCGGUCCAAUUCCACUGCAGGCAGUUCCUAUAAAUGCAGAACCAGGUAUCCCUAUUAUGCCAACUAAUCUGGGUGUUCCGACAGAUGGGCCUUCACACAUUAGGGAGGUUGGUACUAAAUCAUCAAAGAUUAGGAAAAAACAGCCUUCUUUGAAGAAGCCUAAUAAUGUGGCUUCUAAGGCUUGGAGGCCGAAGCAACCCAAAGAGAAGAAUUCUGUCCCCACAAAAAGAAAAGCAAAUCCUGUGACUACUGAAAAACAUGAGAAGAAAAGUGUAGAUGUUGUCAUAGGUGGAGCUGCAUUAGAUUUUUCCAAGCUUCCUGCUCCUGUUUGCUCUUGCACUGGUUUUCACCGACAGUGCUACAGAUGGGGUGUGGGUGGAUGGCAAUCAUCCUGUUGUACACCAAGCAUAUCUGAAUACCCUCUACCCAUGAGUUCCUCAAGGCCUGGAGCACGGAUGGCUGGGAGAAAAAUGAGCAAUGGUGCAUAUGCGAAGCUUCUACAGAAACUUGCUGCUGAAGGACAUGACUUCUCUCACCCAAUUGACCUGAAGACCCAUUGGGCUAAACAUGGUACAAAUAAGUUUGUUACAAUCAAGUAGAUAAGCCGACCUCAUAUAGUUGGGAUAAGGCUGAGUUGUUUGUUUUUGUACAAUCAAGUCGUUAUAUCAAACAUCAGUGGUUCCAAAUUUUAGUUGCUUGGUGAUAGUAUUCACAUGUUCUUCUAAAUGUGGUUCUUGCUGUAUGCUAGACUUUUCCGCUGAAUGGUUUUGUAAAGAUCGUAUGCAGUCAUAACCAAGGACCCAUCUGAGGUCAUUCUGUUUCGAAAUUUGCUCCUUUUCUAAUCUAGUUAGAGGUACAUAUUACUUUGCAA